AUGACCGUCACUAUCAACGGCCGCGCCUUCCAUAGGCACUUCGCCCAGCCCCCGGACAACUUCAUCGUCUUGAAGACCGACAAGGAAGAGUACGACAAGAUCAAGGACCCCCGGUACAAGUCGGACGCAGACAAGCACAACGAUAAGCCCGACGUCCACUUCCACGUCGACCUCGAUGUCCUUCGCGUCUUGUCAGGAUUUUUCAAGGACCUCACAACCCUCACUCCCUCACCAGGCUGUGAUGCCGAAACCAACACGAUUGCGCUGCGUACUACACCCAAGGCGCUGUGGUACGCGCUCGUGCUGGCCCACAAAUCUCUCCCCUCGAACCGUGGCCGCCCGUUCGCCGCCGCAUACUCUCUCGCUUACCUGGUCGACUUUCUCGAGAUGCCCGUCAUUGCUGGAUGCCUGCUGUCCCUCUCGGGCACGGAGAGCUUUAUCGAGAUGGCACGCCCCUCGGUCCUCUACGAGCGUGUGGUGUUUGCGAUCAUGGCCGGGAGCGGCGCGGUAAAUGUCGUAGCGGCGGCCACACAGUACCACGACUUUCGGUCCCUCGAGCGGGAAGACCCAGCCGUCGCCGCAUGGGUGAUGGAGCACCCAGUCGCCAUCAAGGAGGUCAUGCUCGCCCGCAUCGAGUUUGAAUGCAACUUCUACACCUUCAACCACCGCCUCCUUCGUCAGCUCGCAAACUCUCCCGGGCUGUUCAGGUCUCCCUCUGAGGGCAUUGUGGCUUACAUUCUCGACGAGGUCAUGCGCGCACUCAGCCGACGGGCGUUGCUCCACUUCGGUUUUGGCACGCAAGACAUUGUCUCGUCAAUCAAUCGCGAAAACAACUACGACUUGCUCGCGAGUUGUGUUUCCCCUCAUGCCAAGCUUGCGGCGACCAAUAUUGUCAACAAUGAGCUCCGCCUCAUGCGCGAGAGGCUUUUCAAGUGA